GCUGUCCUGAGGACGCUCUAUUACCAUAACUGGUACACAGGUCGAAGUGCAGAAUGUCCAACAGCGAUCUCCAGCUGUUCGCGCUUCUUCUUGAGCCACGCCUUUUGGGUUGGCAUCGCCGGCUUUGGGGAUGGGGAGCAACCGCGGCUUCGGGAGAGAGCGUUGGAGGUGGCCUUGACUCCCUCGGAGGUGUUGGCCUUCGAUGCUGCGGCAGCAACGCAGAACGCUCUCUAUACCUACGGCACAAUGCCGCAGGAAGUCGUGCAGAAAUUGGCGUCCAAUUGGACGACCGAGUGUGACAUGAAGGGGAAGCUCAUCAUUGGCGUGUCAGUGCUGAGCUCCGCUGAUCAUCCAGUGCCAUGCCCUUCGGACUUGCGCUACCAAGAGGUCGAAAGAGUGGUUCCGAGACUCAUGCCUGGUAGUGCGUAUACGCAUUCUUGGUUCUUUGUCUUCUACUACGACUUGCGACCGUUCGUGCAAGCAGAGGCGGCGUUUAGCAUCGCGACGACGGUUUUCAUCUGCGUCAUCCUGUGCAUCGCCUCCAUUAUGUUUACUAGCACUGCAAAUGCCCUCGUUCUGGCGCCAGUGGAGAAGAUGAUGCGGAAGGUUGAGGCCAUCCGGUCGAACCCCCUGGCUGCCACAAAGCUGGCAGACGACGAGUUCCAGAGAGAGGAGCGGGAAAGGAGGAAGAAGGCCGAGCAGAGCAAGUCGCGCUGGAAGCGCCUCAAAGACCCGGCGGCGCUCUGUAGGCGACCGCAGCGUUGGCUUAGCAGCAUCUUCGGACAUCAGCAGCCUCAGCGGAAUGCAUGUCUCACGUACGCGGCGUAUCAGCUGGCUCGGGAAAUUUGGUUGGUUUCUUGUGGCUUCUUUGAAACCCCCGUGGCCAUGGCGGAGCCAGCAAAGAAGAAGUCGAGGACCAACCCAGACAACUUCUUCAGCAAGGAGUUUCUUACGCAGCACAUCCGGGAUAUCAUCGGCUUCUACCAGCCAAGGGCCGUGGAUCCAAGCGGUGGCUUCUUUCAGAGCUUCUACAUCGAUGGUAGGAAAUUCAACCCGGAGUUCCGACAGAUCGUGUCGAGUUCCCGAAUGGUGAUCAACUUCAUGCUUGCGGGCAAGCUUCUGCAGGAUCCGAAGCUGCUAGAUAUCGGCCGCCACGGGCUGGAGUACAUCGAAAAGGUGCACUACAAUCCAGCGAAGCAGAGCUAUGCCUUCACAGUCCGAAACCACAAACCCGAGGACAUGGUGGAGCAGGCCUACGGCUAUGCUUUCAUCCUCGCAGCUCACGCUGCAGCGCGUGCAGCCGGAGUUGCCAAAGACAACGUGGAGGUAGGUCGAGUGUUCGACCUGCUGGAGCGCAAGUUUUGGCUUCCCGACAAGGGAGCAUACCUGGACACGAUCAGUGCAGAAGGCGUGGUUGACAACAGCUACCGGGGCCAGAACUCCAACAUGCACAUGUGCGAGGCGCUGAUCGCCGCCUAUGAGGCGACGAAGGAGACGCGCUACUUGGAUCGCGCGGAAGUUCUCGCCGAGACCUUUGCGGCGAAGCUCGCUGCGAAAGGUGGAGGCUUUGUUUGGGAGCAUUAUGACGUGAACUUUGAGAUCGAUUGGGAGUACAACAAGAAUGACCCGACCAACAUCUACAGACCUUGGGGAUUCCAGCCUGGGCAUCAGAUCGAGUGGGCAAAGAACCUUCUGAACAUCUAUCGCCACAGACCCAAGUUCUGGAUGGUCAACCGUGCGAAGGAGCUCUUCGACGGAGCCUGGGAGUUGUCAUGGGACGAUUGCCACGGCGGCCUUGUUUACGGAUUUGGACCGGACAGGACAAUUGCUCACUACUGUAGCUGCACGCGAUGA